AACAUUUUUCUUAUCAUAAUUUUUUUAUUUUAAUUUUAAUUUUGAGAAUUUAAAAAGUAUAUAAAGUGGCGGUUUCUGGAGUGUUCUUGUGUUUCAGCAAGUUUAGAGAAGGAGAUCAUCUUCUCCUUCUUUCUCUCUCCUCUCUCUUCCCUAAACUUCCGUGCCCAAAAAAUAUGUAGUUACUUCCGACAUUUUCCAACUUAAUUAUUCUAUUUUUAUUAUUUGGCCUUUUUUUUAUAUUAUUUGGCCAAAUUCAAUCCAAUUUGUCGACAAUAUAUAAAUUCUGCUAGUACAAUUUAUUAGUCACAAUAAAAAAAAAAAAAAAAUCUUAACAAUGGCAGAUGGAGGAGAAAGAAAUAGCGUUGAUUUUUAUAAGAUACUUGGUUUAGAGAAGGAAUGCUCGCCAACUGACCUCAAAAAUGCUUACAAGAAGCUUGCUAAGAGAUGGCAUCCGGAUCGUUGUUCUGCGUCCGGAAAUUCAAAGUUUGUGGAAGAAGCGAAUAAGAAAUUUCAAGCUAUUCAAGAGGCUUAUUCUGUUCUAUCCGAUGAGACUAAAAGGUUUUUGUAUGACGUUGGAGUUUACGACAAUGAUGAUGACGAAAACAAUAAUGGAAUGGGCGACUUUCUGAAUGAGAUGGUAACCAUGAUGAGCGAACACAAACCCUGUGAAAAUGGCGAAGAAAGCUUUGAACAAUUACAGGAGUUAUUUGAAGAUAUGUUUCAGAGGGACAGUUGUGAUGCAUUCGCUUCAACCUCAUCUCAGGGGAUGAACUCUUCUGGCUCAUCUUCGUAUGGCAGUUCUAUUGAAGGUUCAUGCAUCAAUAACAAGAGGAAUUCAGUAGGAAUGAAUAGAACAGACGCAUCUUCAUCCUUCAAUGAUAUCAACUUUGAGAGUUUCUGUUUAGGGGAUGGAUUGGAUGAUACCUGGAAAAUCAUUACUUCAUUCUGACAGAUGGAUUGCAGGGGAGACUCGAGAAGGAUAAAGGGAACAAUCGCAAGAACUCAAGGAGGCGGUGGUAGUAAUUGUAGCAGCAAUCGUGAUAAUAGUAGAAGACGAUAUGGUAGGAAACAAAAGAUUGCACCUGGCCAUGAUGUUUCUUCAAAUGAUUACUCCGGCAUUUCCACUUGAUUCAAAUUACUGGUGAAUUUCAGUUUAGGAAAUUGGCAUCAAGAGAUGUGUCUAUAGAGGUUUUGAUACCAUUUCAUGGAAAAAAGGGUCCAAAAUUUUGGCAUUCUUAUGUUUUGUAUGUCAUCAUGUGAUUUAGAGUGGUAAGGAGAGUUACUUAUUUAAGCCAUUACCAACAUCUCAUUAUGCGACGUUGUUAUUCCUGUACUAGAAUCUAUUACAUAACUAAAUAUGAAUCACGAGCAAAUAGUGCUAUUCCAAUGCUUCAAAAA